AUUCAGUUGAGGCAAUACAAGACAUAGAUACCUACCUAAUUUGAAGGGUUUGCCCUAGCCAACGAAACAUUCUUUGUGAUACCCAGUUCUUUGAUGAAAAACCUGUGACGUGAGUGAUAAGUUGCAUUGGUUUGGAAGCGGCCGAAAUUACAUAAACAUUCUAGUUCGAAACCGCAACUUGAUAGACGUGCCUUUACAAUUAACGAAUGGGAAAAAAUUGUGUCAUUACUUCGUUAAAUAUAGUGAUAAUUUAUCUUUAUAUAUCAAGAUGUCGGAGUCUCGUGAUACGUUGAGGUGGCGAGGUUUUAAAAAUGCGUUAACUAAGAAAAAAACCAUAGACGCAGGAGGGGACUCGAAGUUACUGAAAUUUCUGUCAACUUUGGAUUUAACAUUCCUUAGUAUAGGAUCAACCCUGGGCGUUGGAGUGUAUGUGCUUGCCGGAGACGUGGCUAGGUACUAUGCGGGUCCCGCUGUGGUUGUGUCGUUCCUUAUAGCAGCCAUUGCGUCUCUGUUUGCAGGGCUGUGCUUUGCUGAAUUUGGCAGCAGAGUGCCAAAAGCAGGGUCAUCGUAUGUAUACACAUACGUGACAAUCGGGGAGUUCUUAGCUUUCAUUAUUGGAUGGGCACUCAUCCUUGAAUAUGUGAUCGGCGCAGCGAGUGUGGCACGAGGACUUAGUGGUCAUAUAGACGAAUUUAAUAACCAGUCUAUAAGCAAUGCUUUCAGAUCUGUUGUAACAAUUGAAAUCAAGUACAUUUCACCUUACAUAGACUUCUUGGCUUUUGGAAUUACUGUUGUAUUUUCAGUGGCCUUGUCACUGGGAGCAAAAGAGUCGUCAACAGCAAAUAAUAUUUGCACAAUGAUUAAUUUAACUAUUGUUAUAUUUGUUGUCACAUCUGGAUUAUUUAAAGCCGACAUUGCGAAUUGGAAGAUCAGCAAAGAGGAAUUACCAAAAACCGAAGGUGUUGACUAUGGAACAGGAGGAUUCGCACCUUACGGAGUGCUGGGAAUAAUUUCCGGCGCAGGUGAAUGUUUCUACGGGUUUAUCGGUUUCGACUGUAUCGCGACCGCAGGGGAAGAGGCUAAAAACCCGAAGAAAUCACUACCAAUUGCUAUAGUUGCAUCAUUGGUAGUUGUCUUCUUUGCUUACUUCGGGAUCUCGGCGAUCCUGACAACAGUUCUCCCAUAUUAUGACCAAAACACCAAGGCGCCUUUCAUCUACAUGUUUCAAUCUAUCAGCUGGAACUGGGCCACUUACAUUGUGAGUGUCGGCGCAGUUUGUGGCUUAACUACAAGUUUGGUCGGUGCAUUGUUCCCGUUACCGAGAAUAAUUUAUGCGAUGGCAUCUGACGGCUUACUGUACAAAUGGCUUGGAAACAUACAUUCACGCUUCCAAACUCCGAUGGGUGGAACUUUGAUAGCCGGAGUUUUCACCGGAACCCUUGCUGCAUUUUUUGACGUAGGUCAGCUGUCGAAAAUGAUGAGCCUUGGCACUUUGUUCUCCUAUUCUAUCGUGGCUGCUUGUGUACUCAUUCUGAGGUACAAACACGAUGAGGUGCCUGAAAACCAUUUAGUUGAACUUGAAGAGCCUCUGAGAGUAAAAAAUAUCACGCAGCGGUUGAUAAAUGCCAAUAAUUUAGCAUUUCCAACCAAACGUACUUCAAAAAUAGUAUCGUACCUAGUCACAAUUUACGUAAUUGUCAGUUUAUUGUCUGCGGGUUUCAUCAGGAAAUUCGGCAAUAAUAUUAUCAACCGAGAAGCGUGGGCCAUUAUUGUAAUUACCAUUUUGAUACUGGCCAUGGUUACCCCUCUGGUGUGCAUAAACGCCCAGCCAAGAUCGCGGAAAGAUAUUCCGUUUUCCGUACCCUUAGUACCUUUUCUCCCAGCAACGAGUAUCUUUAUCAACUUCAAUUUGAUGUGGGGUUUGGCGGCUAUCACCUGGGCACAGUUCGCAGGUUGGAUGGUAAUCGGUCUCAUCAUUUAUUUCACGUAUGGCAUCAAAAACAGCAUUCAUAAAGGCAAGCCAGCUGCUAAUCUGGAGAAGGCAGAGAAUCACUGCGUGAAAUAAGAGAGAACACUGAGAACAGAUACUGAGUUUUUCUUUACAAUUCCGAUUUUUGUUGGAAAAGACUUUCGUAUGUGAAUUUUGUAACGAAUUUAUUUAUAAGUACUUAAAUAAGAUCCUCAUAAUUAUGGCAAGCAUGAUUAGGAUUUACAGUCUCCAUACUAAGAAUCGUACCUCAUUAAAUAUUAUCA